AUGUUCUUUUGCUCCAUUGUUUAUGCGGCUAACUACUACGUCUCUAGAAGAGAGUUGUGGCAACAUUUGUCUAUGCAUAAGGUGCUGGUAGGUAGUAAUCCUUGGGUCAUCAUGGGGGAUUUCAACUCUGCUUUAAAUCUUGAAGACAACUCGUUUGGGACGUCGGCUAUUUCAAUCAGUAUGCGAGAGUUUCAGGCAUGUAUUGAUGACAUUGAGGUGUUUGACAUCAACAGGACAGGUUUCCACUUUACGUGGAAUCAAAAACCUAAGGAAGGAAUUGGGUUAUUAAGGAAAAUUGAUAGGGUGUUAGGAAAUACGGCUUUUGUGGAGGAGUACCUGAGCUCGGUGGCUGUUUUUAAUUCGUAUAGGCUGUCCGACCACUGCCCUUGCAUCCUAAAAAUCCCGAAAGUCGGUGUCAUUAAGCGGAGAUCUUUUAAGUUUGCGAAUUUUUUGGUUUUUAAACCUGAAUUUCUAAAGAUAGUUCAAAACAUUUGGGAGUCAAAUGUGGAUGGAGUUCAUCAAUUCCGUGUUGUCAAGAAGCUUAGUAUGCUAAAGUCUCCUUUGCGAGCGCUAUUAUAUCAACAAGGGAAUCUCCAUAAAAAGGUUGCCGAUCUUCGGGCUAAGCUCGAUUUAAUUCAACGGGAUAUAGAUGAGGACCCGUUAAACUUGGCGCUUCGGAAUGAAGAGUCUAAGUUUACAAAUGCUUAUCAGGAAGCUUGUCUGGAUGAAGAGCGAAAUCAUAGGAGUCGGAUUGAUGUUAUUAAAGAUGUGAAUGGGAUUGUUUAUGAAGGGGACACAGUUCAAUUGGCGCUUGUUCAACAUUACGAGAAGUUCUUGGGCUGUCAUGAUGAUGUCUCGCUAACCCCUACUCCAAAUCUGUUUUCUAAUAAAUUGCAGCCGGAAAUUGAGACCCAAAUGAUCCGUCAAGUUACGGAAGAGGAGGUGAAGAAGGCUAUGUUUUCGAUUGGUAUAGAUAAGGCUCUGGGUCCUGAUGGGUAA